GCCUGGGAGUCCUGACGGGCGGGCGCGAGGUGGGGACCGCGCCGCAGAGGAAGAUGGCGCCGCGGAGGCAGAGGGUCUCUGGGCCGUGCGGGCUCCCGCUGUCCCUGCCCCUGCUGCUGGCGCUGCUGCUGCUGCUCGGGCCCUGGCCUGCGGCGACCCACGGCGGCAAGUACUCGCGGGAGAAGAAUGAGCCCGAGUCGCCCGCGAAGAGCGAACCCGGGGAGGAGUUCCGCAUGGAGAAGCUGAAGCAGCUGUGGGAGAAGGCCCGGAGGCUGCAUCUCYCUCCUGUGAAGCUGGCGGAGCUCCAUGCCGAUCUGAAGAUUCAAGAGAGAGAUGAGCUCAACUGGAAGAAACUGAAGAUCGAGGGCCUGGACGAGGACGGGGAGAAAGAAGCAAAGCUGAUUCGCAAUCUUAAUGUUAUCUUGGCCAGGUAUGGUCUGGAUGGGAGGAAGGAGGCCCAGAUGGUGCACAGCAACUCACUCAGUGACAGCGCCCAGGACGACGGGCUGGGGGACCCCAGGCUGGAAAAGCUGUGGCACAAGGCGAAGACCUCAGGGAAAUUCUCCAGUGAAGAGCUGGACAAGCUGUGGAAGGAGUUUCUGCACCACAAAGAGAAGGUGGCUGAGUACAACGUCCUGCUGGAGWCGCUGAGCAGGACUGAAGAGGUUUAUGACAACGUCAUCAGUCCUUCCGAUCGGAGCCAGGUCAAGGACGAUGUCCUACACAGCAAGCACGGUGAGCUGAAGGACAAGCUGCGCAGCAUCAACCAGGGCCUGGAUCGCCUGAGGAAGGUCAGCCACCAGGGCUAYGGCCCCACGGCCGAGUUUGAGGAGCCCCGGGUGAUCGAUCUGUGGGACCUGGCCCAGUCUGCCAACUUCACGGAAAAAGAGCUGGAGUCAUUCCGGGAGGAGCUCAAGCACUUUGAGGCCAAAAUCGAAAAGCACAGCCACUACCAGAAGCAGCUGGAGGUCUCACACCAGAAGCUGAAGCACGUGGAGAGCUUCGGCGACAGCGAGCACAUCAGCCGCAGCAGGGAGAGGCACGCGCUGCUGCAGGGCAAGACCCAGGAGCUGGGCUACAAGGUAAAGAAGCAUCUGCAGGACCUGUCCAGCAGGAUCUCGAGGGCACGGCACAACGAGCUCUGAGAGCUGAAGGUGCCAGGGGCUGCGGUGGCAUCGCCUGCAUGGACAGACUGGCCGUGAUGAUGGCAGGCUGAUCCCAGGUGCCGUGGCAGGGAGGAUGUUUCACAGGCCCAGUGGAACCAGCGUUCUCCCUCCCACAUCUGGCCUGGCCUCUGGGUGGUAGCCUCCUGUGUCUCAAGCAGAGGUGGCCAUCAUCACACUGGAGAGGACUGGAGUCCGGCGGCCAGUUGGACAAAGGUCUCGAGUACUGCUCGGUGUGGUCUGCAUCAAGACCCUGUGAAUCUUCCCCUGGAAACAUGUACAGAGUCCUGAGAAUCAGAGUGUGGUGUGUCCGUCA